AUGGAGCUAGAAAAUAUCUCAGAUACUGAAAAAUUUAUCCUCCUGGGAUUGUCAGAUGAUCCAAACCUGCAGCCUGUACUCUUUGGACUCUUUCUCUCCAUGUACCUGGUCACAGUGCUUGGGAACCUGCUCAUCAUCCUCGCUGUAAGUUCUGACUCUCACCUGCACACUCCCAUGUACUUCUUUCUCUCCAAUCUGUCCUUUGUGGAUAUCUGUUUGAUUUCUACCACAGUACCAAAGAUGAUUGUGAACCUCUCCCUCCAGAGCACAGUCAUAGCCUAUGUGAGCUGCUUGACACAAAUGUCUCUUUUUAUCAUCUUUGGAUAUAUGGAUGACAUGCUUCUGACUGUGAUGGCCUAUGACCGCUUUGUGGCCAUCUGUCAUCCUUUGAGGUACAAUGUCAUCAUGAACCCCCAACUCUGUUGGCUUCUGGUUCUGCUUUCCUUCCUCAUCAGUGCCCUGGUUGCCCUGCUACACACCUCCAUGGCACUGCGGCUGUCAUUCUGCACAAACCUGGAGAUUCCCCACUUUUUCUGUGAACUAGAUCAUAUUCUCAAGCUUGCCUGUUCUAAUAUCCUCAUCAAUAACAUCCUGGUAUAUUUGGUGGCAGGCCUUUUGGGUGUUGUUCCUCUCUCUGGGAUAUUUUUUUCUUACACUCAAAUUGUCUCCUCUGUUCUAAAAAUUCCAUCACCAGGUGGAAAGUAUAAAACUUUCUCCUUCUGUGGGUCACAUUUAAUAGUCAUUUCCUUGUACUAUGGGACAGGUUUUGGGGUGUACCUCAGUUCUGCUGCCACUAACUCCUCGCGGAAGAGUGCAAUAGCCUCAGUGAUGUACACUGUAGUGACCCCCAUGAUGAACCCCUUUAUAUACAGCCUGAGGAACAAGGAUAUGCUGAGGGCUUUGGGGAAACUCAUCUCUAGAAUAACAUCUUUCCAUUGA